UGUCAGUCCGGUUGACAUGACAGCAGCGCGGAGCCGGGAGCCGAGCAGCAGCAGCAGCAGCAGCAGCAGGAUCGAGGAGCCUCCGAAGAAAGGAGUCUCCGGACGCACGGCGGAGAAUCUGCAUCAGCAUCAUCAUCAACAACCUCGGGGAGGCCGGAUUGCAGUUUGUGGGGACGAGCGCCAAGGGCAGUGCGGCAGUCAGGAGGCUCACCAGGGGGAGGAGGCUGCAGAGAUCUGUGAUACUUCCUCCCCAGUCCCUACUGCACUCUCACCUCCACGUCACCCCCAGUAUUUGCCCAUGCACGCCGCUUUUACAUUUAAUGAAUGGUGACUGGUUCUACAGACAAGGGUGUAACCUGCAUGGGACUGAUGUGCAUGCUGGUCAGGUGUCAUUUGCUCCCUUGUUUAUUGCUCGCUCUGCUGGUCACCUGCACGAUGGGAUGUAUUCAAAGCAUCGCGUGCAAGCCCCGCAUCAGACGGGAGAAUAUCGUGGUGUAUGAGGUGUCAGCCUCAAUCGACCAAUGCCCCACCAUCAUCGAGGAGAAUUCGCCCAUCGUACUUCGCUACAAGACGCCGUACUUCAGGGCCUCGGCGGGAGUUGUGAUGCCACCAGUGCCCCGGAAUGAAACUUGGGUGGUGGGCUGGAUCCAAGCUUGCACCCAAAUGGAGUUCUACAACACAUAUGCUGAUAUUGGCAUGUCCAGCUGGGAACUACCGGAGCUGCGGGAGGGUAGGGUGAAGGCUAUCAGCGACUCGGAUGGAGUCAGCUACCCGUGGUACGGCAACACCACCGAGACGGUCACCCUCACCGGUCCCACCUCCAAACCGUCCCGCCUGACUGUCAGCAUGAACGACAACUUCUACCCGAGCGUGACUUGGGCCGUUCCCAUCAGCAACAGUAACACGCCCAUGCUCACCCACAUCACCAGGGAUCAGAGCUUCAUCACCUGGCUGGUGGCCAUGAACUCCAUCACCAAGGAACGGAUUGUACUGCAGACGGUCCGGUGGCGCAUGCGGGUAGACAUUGCUGUCGACCCCGACAUGCCGCUGGGCUCCCGGGCCACCCUGGUAGGUCGGCCAUAUCAGGAGCAGCCACACAUCCUCAACUAUCAGGAGCCCAUCCCUCCCAACGCCCUGGGGAGGCCGAACGCCAAUGAUGCCCAAGUGCUAAUGUGGAGACCGCGGCGAGGAACACCACUCGUCGUCAUACCGCCAAAAUGAGAGACUUCCAAAAAAAAAAGAAAAAUUAAAGUCAUUGUUACUUCAUGCCAAAACAGAAGAUGAGGGUGAUCGAGCCAACAAAGGAACUGUUGCGUGAAGCGUCAGCGUCGACGGAGAUCUGGUGUUGCGUCAAGUGUUGUUUGGCCAAGAGCUGCAAUUAGAAAUCUUUGCCAGCGUUUUUACAAGUGAACUCUUUUUAGAUGCACCGGUAGAGGAAUUUGACCCCCCCCACUGACGAGAACUGCGUCCCGCAUCCUCAUGUAGAUCUUUAUUGCAUGCGAUGAGAGUGAGCAAAACUGUCAUUGAAAAGCCGUAAGGCUCGCAAUUGUUUUGUAUUUCCGAAAGCCUUUGUGAUCGAGACGUCACAUCGGCCAAAAGCAAACCGCAGGCUGAUGAUACCUCUUUAGUGCCAUCGAAGGCCUUCAUCAGCACACUCAUCACCAGAGUUCAAGAAUGUAUUCAGAUGAUUUAGGACACCUAAGUAUUAUAUGAAUCUUUUGAGUUAAGAUCGUGACUAUUAUUGCAACAAGUCGGUGUGAAACGGACAAACAAAAAGACAUCUGCUGGAGUUUAUAGCACAAUGACUUCAUCGGGGAAACAUUUUGUGUCCAAUUGUAACCGCAUCGGCGACCCUAUUGAGGAUUUUAUUCACGAUGCUUCGAACGGGAGCGCUGGGAAUGACACGGAACGGUGUCAGAUGGCAAAUUUAAAACAAAAGUGUCAUUGCACGUCAUAUUUGUUACAUGUGAAAUGAGACUAAAUGACUGAAAUAGUCGAGGGAAUGUGGGCCUAAUCAGGCCAGCUCAUCUUGCAGCGCUACGUGCAAGGUACAUCUAAUGUAUUUCCAGACAAUCAGGGAAUCUGACUCUCCUCCUCUUAUUUCAGAGUGGAAUUCCUGAAAAAAGCAGAACAUAUUCUGACAAUGAUAAAAUCAUUGUUCACAUAUGGCACAGUCGCUGUGUAGCAGUGGUUUUUGUGUGGAUAAUUGCCAACGAGAGCCUCUUCCCGUGUCACCGUUCCGGUCCGGUUCGCGCUGCGCUCCGUCCACGUCUCUGCCCGCCACUCCACAAACAAGCCACAUGGCCGAUUCCUCCAUCUGUGCUUCUCUCCAGGUUCAUGUCUCAUCCUCCCAUCUGCCUCCUUACACGCUUGUAUGUCCACCUCAACACACACAAGCACACACUACCUCCAUUCCAACCUGCUCAUUUGCUCUGAAGGCCACAACUAUGCAAAGGUUGUCUGAGUGUAUAAAAAAACAAACACCAAAUCUGACAAAAUAUCAGUUUCACUUCUGUUAUCAUCUUCAGUUAUUUGUAAGGGCAUUUGCUGAAUAAAAUGGCCAUUACAAUCAUGUAAAUAUUCAAA